UGAAAUCUCGCGGUAGGACUCCACUUAGAUCACUACGUAAUGUGCCGUGCUGCUUCUAGCGGCGCUGGUGACAGUGCUGAAAGCUGUUGGGUAUGAAGUGAAACGGAACUGAUUUUUUUUUGUACUAUCCGCAACUGCUUCUUCAAGUUCAGAUCACAACGAAGAAACAAAUUCAAGAGAAACAUCCCAAAAUGAAUAAAGUCGCAACAACUCAAUAAAAGGAAAGGCUCACUUCAAAGGAAAAUAGAAGCAAACAAAACGAAGAAACAACCAAAGACAAGAUACACAGCUGCCCAAGAGAAACAAUCCUUUGCCAAAAUUGCAAACCCGAGAACAUAACUGAUCUGAGACCAGAAGUUUGUGCCUACUCAACAGCUUUGACAAAGCACACGUCCCAACGCUGCUCCCAGCCCUCCUCACCUCACCGCACCACCGACUCACCCCGGGGUGCUUAGAGGGCUGCUGUCUGCUAGUUUUUUUCCUUCUCAUCCCUUUAGCUGUCUCUCUAUCUCCUUGUGCUCUGUUCAUUUAGUUGAUUUCAAGCAGUGUAAUUGCACCUGCGUUUGCCUCCUUUUUUAUUUUUAUUUUUUAUAUAUGCAACUCGUAUGCAGGACUUGUGCCAGAAACCUGCAACAUACGUGUGUGUGUGUGUGUGUGUGUGUGUGUGUGUUUGAAGAGAAGAUCUGCAACAUCUGCACAGUCGUUAACGUUCAAGACCACACCUUUUAAGACGCCAAAUCACGACAUCCACUGGGUGGUUAAAAAAAAGAGGAAAAAUAACUAGAAAAAUCAAGGUGUUCAAGCAAACCAGUAAUAAAGUACAACAAAGGGGUGGAGUUUGACUCAAGUUUAUGGAAAAAUAUGGGCAGCCCCUGGAAAGGCUUUGUCGAGUUUACCUUGCCCGCGUCGCCGCCUGCCGCGUUCGUUAGCGCUGACCUGAGCAGCACCUCCCCCGUCGGACUCAGCCUGUCACCGUACGGCCGAUCCAUGAGUUUUGACCCUGGCAUGCUCCACAAUGGGCACACUGCGUUUGCCAACGGCACGGCAGUGGGCAUCAGGGAGACUGGCGUGGUGGAGAAGCUGCUCACCUCCUAUGGGUUCAUCCAGUGCUCGGAGCGGCAGGCACGCCUCUUCUUUCACUGCUCCCAGUACAACGGCAACCUGCAGGAGCUCAAGAUAGGAGAUGAUGUGGAGUUUGAAGUGUCAUCAGACAGGCGUACUGGCAAGCCCAUAGCAGUGAAGCUGCUUAAGAUCAAACCAGAGGUGCUACCAGAGGAGCGCAUCUCGGGCCAGGUGGGGCCAGACUCGCACGCCUCUCCAUUUACUGUGCUGCAUGGUUAUAUUCAUCCAGUCGUCUCAGCGAUUCCUACUCACCUGGAUGGCAAGUCUGCUCCAGGGCAGGUGCCCACUGGCAGUGUGUGCUACGAGAGAAAUGGGUAUGGAUUCCUUCCCACGCAGGAGGUGUUUUACUUGACCUACACCCCAGACGACAUAGAGGGCAACAUGCACCUGGACACGGGAGACAAAGUCAGCUUCUACAUGGAAACCAACAAGCACACCGGUGCAGUCAGUGCACACAACAUUGUCCUGGUAAAGAAGAAACAGAUGAGGUGCCAGGGGGUUGUCUGUGCCACCAAGGAGGCCUUUGGGUUCAUUGAGAGGGCUGAUGUGGUGAAGGAGAUCUUCUUCCACUACAGCGAGUUCAAAGGCGACCUGGAGGCCCUGCAGGCCGGCGACGACGUGGAGUUCACCAUCAAAGAGAGAAACGGGAAAGAGGUGGCUACUGACGUGAGGCUGCUUGCCCAGGGGACAGUCAUAUUUGAGGACAUCAGCAUCGAGCAGUUUGAAGGCACUGUUAUCAAGGUCAUCCCUAAAGUUCCAACCAAGAACCAGAAUGAUCCACUACCAGGCCGCAUCUCUGCCAGGAUCAGUUACACAGACAAGGAGCUCCUGUUUGGUGAAAAGGACACCAAGUCCAAGGUGACCCUGCUGGAAGGCGACCAUGUGCAGUUCAACAUUUCCACGGACCGUAGGGACAAGCUGGAGCGGGCCACUAAUAUCGACAUCCUGCCCGAUACCUUCCACUUCACCAAGGAGUCCCGUGAGAUGGUAAGGACCCUGAGGAGAUCCAUGGGUGUGAUCGCUGCCAUGCGCGAUGGCUUUGGCUUCAUCAAGUGUGUGGACCGGGACGCCAGGAUGUUCUUUCACUUUAGCGAGGUCCUGGAGGAGAGCCAGCUGCACAUCUCUGACGAAGUCGAGUUCACCGUUGUGCCCGACAUGCUGUCUGCCCAGAGGAACCACGCGGUGCGCAUCAAGAAGCUGCCUAAAGGCACAGUGUCCUUCCAUACCCAGUCUGAGCAGCGCUUUGUGGGCGUGGUGGAGAAGGAGGCCACGGCAGCCAUCACCAACAACAAGAGCGCAAGCCCCAGCAAGGCCAAAGAGAAGGAAGCAGAAGAGGGAGUGAUUUCUUAUGAGGACUGUGGAGUGAAGCUGACUGUGUCGUACCAUGUCAAAGAUCUGGAGGGAGCUGCCCAGCCACAGGCAGGAGACAAGGUGGAGUUCUCCAUCAAUGAGGUAAAGAGGACGGGCCAGCAGACCGCGGUCACCAUUAAGAUCCUCAACCGCACAGUCAACACCAAAAGGCUGCUGGGAUACAUCGCCACCCUGAAAGACAACUUUGGGUUCAUUGAGACGGCCAAUCACGAUCAAGAGAUCUUCUUUCACUACAGUGAGCUGUGUGGAGACAUGGAGAACCUGGAGCUGGGUGACACUGUGGAAUACACCCUGUCCAAGGGCAAAGGAAACAAAGUCAGCGCUGAGAAGGUUAUGAAGAUGGCAGCAGUGAAUAGUGUGGGGCAGGAUGUUGGUGAGGCGGUGAUGCUGGGGAAGGUGGUGCGCCCUCUGCGUAGUGUGGACCCGUCGCAGACAGAGUACCAGGGGCUCAUCGAGCACUCGGAGGAAGAGGGCACGAAGGGCCAGAAUUACCCCUUUGGCAUCAUGGGCAUGACAAACAAGGCAGACUGUCUGCAGAAAGGAGAGCUGGUGAAGUUCCAGCUGUGCACAGUGGCCCAGACAGGUCAGAAGAUGGCCUGCAAUGUUGUCCCCCAACGCAAAGCCUUAGUAGAGUGCGUCAAGGACCAGUUUGGUUUCAUCACAUAUGACGUUGGUGAGAGUAAGAAGCUGUUUUUCCAUGUCAAAGAGGUGCAGGAUGGCUUAGAGCUCCAGACUGGGGAUGAGGUGGAGUUCUCAGUCAUUCUCAACCAACGCACAGGGAAAUGUAGUGCCUGCAAUGUGCGCAGAGUCAGUGAAGGGCCUAAACCAGUGGCAACACCCCGUCCCGAUCGUUUGGUCAACCGGCUCAAGAGCAUCACCCUGGAUGACUCUAGCGCCCCCCGCCUAGUUAUUGUGAGACAGCCCCGUGGCCCUGACAACUCAAAGGGCUUCAACGUGGAGCGGAAGACUCGUCAACCGGGUGUAAUUGACUGAACAGUAUAUACCCCACCCCAUCUGGAAUAGGUGGGCCCAGAUUUAGAAAUGCAAUCCCAGAAUGGAGGACAACAAUGGAAAGGGAAUUUUGCUGUCUUGCAGAAACAUGCUCUUACACACAUACAUACUCUUGACAGGCACACAGAAAUAAGCAUGUGUAACACCUCUCCCUGUUCCAUCACCUGCAAUGGAACCCUCUCAUUCCAUUUGUUCCCUGCCACCCACAUAUGAUGUACUUGAUACGGUUUCAUACUGCAGUAUACAUUGCAGGUUUCUGAGUGUGUGUGAUUGUUGUGCAUAAGGUGUUUUAGAAAUGGUAGAGGUUACAGAGGAUUUAUUUUAUAGGGUUUCUGCUCCCCUUAAAAUCAGAGUGCUGGUUGUGUGGCAUUGUCUUGUCCUCAUCUUUGCUGAAUCUGCUUAAAUGUCUGGAAUUCUGCACCUGCAACCUGUUGUGUAUGUGGAUAUGUGUGAUUGUGGGCAUGUAUUAGAGCUCACCUGCUUCUUCCAUUUGUUCUCCCUCAUUUAAGGAAACUAAUUGAUUCUCAUUUGCCAGUGGUUUCCGCUAUGCUUUCCUACAAAAUGCAUAAAGCAAAGUUCCCUUCAUAAGGAGGAUCCCGUUUUUCAUGUGUGUGGGCUAAAACACGGAGGCUAUUUCUCUGCUCGGUUUUUUGAGCAGUUUUGAAACACUUUAUCCAAGAGCUGGAGUGAAAGCAUGGUGUUGUGAUGUAUGUGAAUGUUUACGUGACUAUGAUUAGGAUUUACUUUGACAAAUCUGGAGCAUUUCGAUAUACCUUUUCAGUAUUCACACGCUCCAUAAGCAAUUUCCCCAGGUGCAGAAUUCCUAAUGGCAUCUUAUAUCCAGCAGUUAUUUUAUACAAUGUAUUCUUUUUUUGCACAUUUCUUUUUUUGUUCCAUUGAAUCUCAAUAUCUGCUAAUGAAUAAAAUGAAGUAAAAAUAAGGUGCCUAAAAACUACAAAGAAAACAAAAAAAUUAGAUGUAUCCUCUGACCCCAGCCAACCGCCAAAAUAUUAAGAACAAUCUUGGGAUGGCUUUUUUUCUAGUAGAAAUAAUACUGGUCUGCAUCCCAAAUACCUGUGGGUGGAAAUAUACUGUAUGUAAUGUGUGCUUUUUUUCUUAGUGAAAGAUUAAAACAUCACAAUAUAACAAAAAUACAUUUUACUUAAGUAAAAGAGGGGGAAAAGUUAAAGUAUUAGAAUUAAUCUUAAGGAUCAGGAUAUCUAUUAUUGCGCUUUAGUGGCAUUGGUGGGUGAUCUGUUGUGCCUGAAUGCACAUAUGGGAGUUAGUCUAAAUGAAUUUAAACUGGCGAUCACUGGUUUCCUCCUGAACUGCACAGAGUCUCCUAUGUACUUUUGUUAAUGGUCUUGAAUGAAACAAUUGAAUUAAAGUUUUAUGAAAAUUA